GCCAGGGCCUGCGCUGCAUUUCCACAGUUUAUCGAGGGAAAGUGGGACUCAGCGUGCAAGCCCAGCAGAACGAGCUCCAGCUGGAUCUGGAGGAUGACCAGGAAGAGAAACGACUCCAACAGACGGAUGCUGCAGGAGGAGAGCGGACACACAGCGCUGAGGACACACACUGAGGAAAAAAGCGAUGCUGACUCAGCUGGUUUUGGGAUGGACUGCCUUGCUCAGCGGCCUCCAGCCAGCUGCUGCCUCCAUCACAAGCAGAUUACCUUCUAACAGAGACAGCAGGGGGUCUGCUGCAAAAUGCCAAAUCUUCAUCUCUCCUCCACCUCCUCCACCGAUGUUUCCUACGGUCAAACGACAAGAAGAGCUGAUGGUGGAUAUAACAGAACUCAUAACGGGACCAAAAGGGGACAAGGGCUGCAGAGGACCCAGAGGACGGAGGGGUCCCCCUGGUGUGAGGGGUCCAGAGGCCGAACAUGGAUUACAAGGAGCCAUCGGUCAGCCGGGUCCAAAGGGAGAGAAGGGCAACAGAGGCUGGAGAGGCCUGUACGGAGACAUAGGAACUCCCGGCAUGAUAAAGGGCAGUAAGGGGGGUAAAGGAUUCAGGGGGGAUAAAGGUGUGAGAGGAAGAAGAGGACCCACUGGAGACAUGGGUGAGCCCGGCCUGCCUGCAGCGUCAGGAGAGAAGGGAGACCCGGGCCAGAGGGGGGGUGCAGGGCAGAGGGGAGAACCGGGACCCAGAGGAGAUCCUGGAGCCAGGGGACCCUUGGGGCUGAAGGGAUCUCGUGGAACUUCAGGAAAGCUAGGUCAUCCCGGUUCUGCAGGACGGUCUGGUCUGACUGGAGAUCCUGGACUACCUGGGCAAGUGUACGUCCUGCCCGGCCUGCAGGGAGACGCAGGAGACGGAGGUCCUGCAGCCAAAUGCAACUGCUCACGUCAGGGUCAGACACCUCAACCGUCGAUGGAUAAAGUCCAGACGAUCUUCAUUGCAGACGGGGAGAGGCAGAUGCGGAGGCUGCGGGGGGAGAACGUGAUGGUUCUGCGGACAGACAGGAACGCUCUGUUCAUCUACUCCGACUCCCAGUGGAUCAACGUACUGGACUCCAGACACUGACGCCUCUCCAUUCCACAGCAGCUGAAGUGCCCUCGCCCCAACAAGCCUCCAGGUGUCAAAAUAUGUAAUUUAGUGACUGUAAAGGGUCCUGAAAAUCUGCCUGUGUCAAAAUAAAAGUUGCCUGUCUUCUGUACAUCUUUAAGAAUAUAGUGUAAAUAUAUAUUACAGUAAACUCUAACUCUAACAUUCCUUAUUCUUUUUUACACAUGCAUGUUUAAAGUUCGAGGCUGUUUUUCCAUAGUGUUUCUCUUUGGCUGUCAUACCUCUGAACAGUUUUAACACAUUCAUUAAUAAAGCAUUAUUUAUUGAUUGU